UGUGACGUCAUCACGCUGACCCUCACGCUCCUGGACUCUGGACACUGUGCACAGCGCCGGUGGGGAAAGUGAACACAACGGCAACUAAAAUCUCACUUUUCCGGAGAAACACGCCGAAUUCAAAGGGUCAGAGAUGGCGCUCACACAGGUGUCCUCCAACAAGUGUGCCGGAGGCUUCCAGAAGGUCUUUGAACACGACAGCUCUGAGCUCAAGUGCAAGAUGAAGUUUGCGGUUUAUCUCCCCCCGAAGGCUGAAACUGAGAAAUGCCCGGUGCUGUACUGGCUCUCCGGGCUGACGUGCACGGAGCAGAACUUCAUCACCAAGGCGGGGAGUCAGCUGAGCGCCGCCGAGCACGGGCUGAUCAUCGUGGCGCCGGACACCAGUCCACGCGGCUGUAACAUCGAGGGCGAGGACGAGAGCUGGGACUUCGGCACCGGCGCCGGGUUCUACGUGGACGCCACCCAGGACCCCUGGAAGACCAACUACCGCAUGUACUCCUACGUCACGCAGGAGCUCCCCAAACUGAUCAACGCCAACUUCCCCACCGACCCCGAGCGGAUGUCGGUCAGCGGACACUCCAUGGGCGGGCACGGCGCGCUCAUCUGCGCCCUGAAGAACCCGGGGAAGUACAAGUCGGUUUCCGCCUUCGCGCCCAUCUGUAACCCGGUUCAAUGCCCGUGGGGGCAGAAGGCCUUCUCGGGGUAUCUGGGCCCGGACCGCUCCAGCUGGGAGGCGUACGACGCCACCGUGCUGGCCGCCUCGUACUCCGGCCCCCAGCUGGAUAUCCUGAUCGAUCAGGGCCGGGACGACCAGUUCCUGUCGGCCAGCCAGCUGCUGCCCGACAACCUGAUCGCCGUCUGCUCGGAGAAGAAGAUCCCCGUGGUGUUCAGGCUGCAGCCGGGCUACGACCACAGCUACUACUUCAUGUACUCCUUCAUGAACGACCACAUCAAGCAUCACGCCAAGUACCUCAACGCCUGAGCGCCGCCGGCCGCUUCCUGUCUCCCCUUCAACGGGAAAGGACCGUUUUUCACAAUAAAAGCCUUG